AUGAAAAUGGCAUCGACUCCUGUGGCUCCGCCUGCCGCUCCAGCGCCGGCGCAUGCCAGCACACCUGCAGUCACGAAGCCCGUAUCUGCCGAUGGAAACACACAAAGUGAAACACAGCCACAGACUACGGCAAUCACGGAGGAAUACAGCGCUGAAGGCCUGACGACGCUCUGGCCAGACAGCCGAUGUUACCUGCGCAACCUCGUACUGGGCCGCGAGUGCCGCAACGUGUUCAACCUCGAGCCCAACACCAUCUUCCUUAAUCAGAAUGCGUACGGCGUGGCCCCAAAGCCCGUCAUGCAGGCACAGGCUCACUUCGUUAACAAGAUGGAGAUGAACCCGGACCGCUUCAUGCGCCGCGAGGUGCCCGUGAUGCUACGCCAGGCGGCUUCACAUCUCGCUCGCUUUAUCCACGCAGACGCAGAAGAUCUCGUCUUUGUGACCAACGCCACGACAGGCAUGAAUGCCGUGUUGCAGUCGCUGGACUUGCAGAAUGACGACGAAGUUCUGUGUCUAAACCUCACAUACUCGGCAGUGCUCAACACGCUGCGCCAUCUUUGUUACUGUACGCAGGAGUUUGUCGAGCUCAAGGUGGUGGACGUCGUGCUGCCGAUUGAGAGCUACGACGCGUUAGUUCAGCAGGUAGCGGAUGCGAUCACGCCCAACACUCGACUGGCCGUACUGGACCACAUUGCCAGCACCACAGGUUUCGUGCUGCCACUGGAGAAGCUUAUCCCGAUUUUCCAUGCGCGGAAUAUUCCCGUUCUGGUGGAUGGCGCCAGCGCACCCGGCCAGCUGCCGCUCAACCUCAACGAACUGGGUGCUGACUUCUACGUGGGCACGGCAUACAAAUGGCUAUUCAGCUGCAAGUCCUGUUCGUUUCUGCAUGUGAGCAAGGCGUACCAGAAUACCGUGCGCCCCGUAGUGACGUCUCUAGCCUACGGCCAGGGUUUUGUGGAAGAGUUCGCGAUCCAGGGCACGCGAGAUGAAGCCAACUUCCUCACGAUCGUGUCGUCCCUGGACUUUUACGAGAGCGUGGGCGUGAGUCGCGUGUCCGCACACAACAAGUCACUGAUCGACUGGGCCGGAGAGUACCUGGCCUCGACCUGGAAGACGAACGUCUUGCUGCCGGCGUGGCAGCGCGCUCCGUUCGUAUCUAACGUGCGCAUUCCCGUGGAGUGGCCGACGAAUUCCGACGGCGCUCCAUUGUCGCACGAUGAGGCGCUGCCGUUGUGCGACGCCAUCAUGGACUUCCUGGACGACCGGUACCGUAUCGUGGUGCGUGUAGUGCCGUUUCAAAACCAGCUCUACGCGCGCAUUAGUGCGCAGAUUUACAACGAGCGUAAGGACUACGAGCAACUUGGCCAGGCAAUGCUGGAGGUGACCAACACACCCACUCUAGGCGACUAUCUCGCGCGGAUGCGAAUCUAA